AUGAUGAAAGACACCAAUGAGCCAUGUGAGGUAGUGCAGCAGAAGCAGAAGAAUCUGUCGGUGCACUUCCCACGCAAGAAAGAGAUUAUACAGGUAGAAGAAAGUCAAUUGACACCAUAUGACUAUGCCAAGUCGAGUGGCAGGGCUACAUCAGCGGUUGUCAUAACUGAACCUAAAGGCAAAAGCAUGCCUAUGAAAUGGAUGAGAAGAGUGGAUCAGUUGCUGAUCCAGAAUAUAUUUAGCAACAAACGGCUGUAUCAGAGGUUGAAGCGUAUUAGCUUCCCCGAGGAUGGAGCUGGUAUUUCCUUUGUGAUGGGCAUAAACUGCAAUACGGGAGUACCAUACUCAUGUAUGAAUGAACUGGCAAUCGGAAAACUGUGGAUGUUUCUACGAGAUAGCUUUAUGGAAGCAGAUCAAGGCCGAGCUAUUGGUAGCAAGCUAACAAACGUGCGCGUUACCAUAGCCUCUGCCGACCACAGAAUCCGGAAGCAUACCCAUGACUUAGGAGAAGCCACAUGCAUCACAGGAGGGAUUCAUGUGGGCGGACACAUCAGUACGAAGGAACCAGAUCAGGAACACGUUACGUGGGGCAUCUUAACCUCACUCGAUAGGCGAGACGGAUGCGGAAUUGGUCAGUGGACUGGAUGUCAGAUGUGGUCACUCACGUAUUACUCGGAUUACCGAAACCGGCAGUCGCAAAGGUUCGCUAUGUUUAUGAUGGAUUCAGUAGCUAAUGGGGCUAUCAUUGGGAUGAACGAGAAACAAGAGCAGAGUGAAGUCUUUCGAACGAAUGAAGAUAGUGAAAUGGGUGUUGAUCAUACUGAUCAUAAGUACCCACCAUGGAAAGAUGCGAAGAGAGACGAGCGAGGUCUACCAGAGCCGUUACAGCCCAAAGACCUCGGGAAUAACCAAGCGCUGGUUGAGAAAAUGAAAGUAAAGAAAGCUAUGACAAAGAGCUGGAUGACGUGA